UAACAUUAUUCAAUUCAACUGACUUCAUAAUCCACCUUUCUUAUUCUCAUCAAAUCUUAUCGGGUCUGUUUUUUGUUAAGAGAAGGAGAAAACUAUAUUGUAGUUUUUUUGAGUGUUAAAUUAGUUAACAGAUAAAUGGCAACUUGUGGGGGCAUGCAGUCCAUGAUAUUGGGAACUCCAGUUUCAAAUUUCUCUAAAAAGAAUCAGUUGGUUCCUUGCUGUUAUUUUUCACAACAUCAGAGGAAUUCUGGUCUCCGUGUUAAGUGUAUGUCCGAGAAUGGUGAGAAGGACCAAACUCCAAGCACCUUGGGUGAUACUGUUCCAACACCGAAACCAACACCUCCUCCUGUUGCUAAGCCCAGCACCAAUUUCAGGGACGUGUUCGCCUUCAGUGGACCAGCACCAGAGCGUAUCAACGGCAGGCUGGCAAUGAUCGGAUUUGUCGCCGCCAUUGGCGCUGAACUCGCCACUGGCUGCGACAUAUUCGCUCAGCUAUCGAGCGGCGGUUUCUCUUGGUUCUUGGGGACAAGUGCAUUGCUCACAUUGGCUUCUAUUAUUCCUCUAUUUCAAGGUGUUAGUGCUGAGAAAAAGUCUAAUGGGAUAAUGACAGCUGAUGCUGAGAUGUGGAACGGAAGAUUUGCUAUGCUGGGAUUAGUUGCUUUGGCUUUUACUGAGUAUGUUAAAGGGGGUGCCCUUAUCUAAGUGUGAAUUUUUUAACCGUCUACCUUUGAUGUAAUCUAUUGAUUAUAUAUAUACUACAAGUGUUGAUGUUAA